AUGAUCAACGUGGAGGAGUAUCGGUUUGUUCAAUGGGUAGAUAAAGUAGGCCUGACCUCACCAGACGGCAAGAUGCUGCCUCUGAUCAACCAAGCGCUCGCAGAUGAGUUGAUGCCUGCUACGGUUACCAGUCAAGCCCCAGACAAUUACAUCGGAGGAGGGUCGCAGGCUCUGGACGUUCUAGCCAGAGCAGUCUCCGAUGAGCGACGAACGGAAAUUCUGGCACACGCCAGAUUGAUUCAGCGGAAAACUGGGUUGCCUAAGCGUCUUCAGUGGGUGGUGAUAGAGAAGUCAAAGUUUCAGGAUCUUGUUCGAGACUUGAGGCAGAUCGUGGAUGCGCUUUGGAAUCUACUCGAGCCCAUUCGCUUGAGGGAGCUCGCCCAACAGGUUGGCCGCACAUUAACGGCGGUCGUGGACAUGAGCCACAAUAUUGACGCCUUAAAGGGGCUCAGGAUAGUCUAA